GGAGGCAUUUUUCUACAACUGUGCAUGCAGGAUAGUGUUGAUGGAGCAGUGGUAUGAUUAGAAUGUGUCUCACUUUUUUAUUGCAAGAAAUUUCUGACUAUUCAGUAGUGAAAUUAAGAUAGACUAGAACUGAAGGCAUUUCUUGGGAAGUUAAGGACAAACAAGAUGGCAUGCAGAUUUAAUUCUGAAGGGUGUUAAUUUCAACUCCUGACUCAGACCAUAUGGAGCAUGAAGCAAUAUCGAGCUGUCAUUAGCUUGUCAAAGUGAAGUAGCAUCCCAGUAGUACAUGAUACAGCACCAAUCUGUUCCCAAGGCCUUCCUUCAUCUCUUUGUGUGUGUGACAUACCAGUGGACUUUGAUAACAGUGCUAACUGUGGAAAAUUGAAAAGGUUUGAGUUAAAGGAUCCAAAAAAUCUAAAGACUGAGACAACAGGAGGACCCAACAUGCCUUGCUCUCCAUUCAGAAUUGGGAAGCCCAAGAAGUUCUGGAAACAGGAUGGAGGAGAGCGUAUCUCUAGCACUCUAGAGGCCUCACUGUUCCAGGCUCCGCUGCCCUACACUGCCCCUGCGUUCCUCAAGACUACUGAUUUGUUUGAAAUGAUUGAGAGAAUGCAGAGCAACAGAAUGGAUGAACAGCGGAGUACCCUUCCACCCCCUCUCAAAACCGAGGAGGACUACAUCCCAUAUCCCAGUGUCCAUGAGGUGCUGGGCAGGAAGAGCCCUUUCCCCUUGAUUCUCCUGCCCCAGUUUGGGGGCUACUGGAUUGAAGGCACCAAUCAUGAGUUGAGCAACGGAAAUGACCCAGAGCUGCUCCUGUCCCCCACAUCUCGCGUGAAGUUAGAGUGCAACACCACAGCCAAGAUAUACAGGAAACAUUUUCUGGGCAAGGAGCAUUUUAAUUACUACACAGUGGACAGUGCUCUGGGCCACCUGGUCUUCUCUGUUAAAUAUGAAGUUAUUGGGGACCAGGAACACCUGCGUUUGAUGCUGAGAUGCAAAUUGAAAACAUAUCACGACGUGAUCCCGAUAUCAUGUCUGACUGAAUUUCCCAACAUUGUCCAGAUGGCCAAGCUGGUAUGUGAGGAGGUGAACGUGGACCGAUUUUUCCCUGUGCUUUACCCAAAGGCUUCAAGGCUCAUUGUCACUUUUGACGAGCAUGUCAUCAGCAACAACUUCAAGUUUGGUGUAAUAUAUCAGAAGUUCGGACAGACUUCAGAGGAGGAGCUGUUUGGCAAUAAUGAGGAGAGUCCUGCUUUUGUAGAGUUUUUAGAGUUUCUGGGACAGAAGAUCGAGCUCCAUGACUUCAAAGGUUUUCGAGGGGGCUUAGAUGUGACACAUGGACAGACAGGCACAGAAUCCGUCUACCGCAACUUCCAUAAUAAGGAGGUGAUGUUCCAUGUGUCCACCAAACUCCCCUACACAGAAGGAGACACACAACAGCUGCAGAGAAAGAGGCAUAUAGGAAAUGACAUCGUGGCCAUCGUGUUUCAAGAAGAGAACACUCCCUUUGUUCCAGACAUGAUUGCAUCUAACUUCCUGCAUGCCUACAUUGUGGUGCAAGUGGAGAAUUCCUGUUCUGACAACGUCCUGUACAAGGUGUCAGUGACUGCAAGAGAUGAUGUCCCAUUCUUUGGACCAGCCCUGCCUGACCCUGCCAUAUUCAAGAAAGGACCAGAAUUCCAUGAAUUUCUUUUCACUAAGCUGAUCAAUGCUGAGUAUGCUUGCUACAAAGCUGAGAAAUUUGCCAAACUGGAAGAGCGCACUCGGGCGGCUCUACUGGAAACCCUGUAUGAAGAGUUGCAUAUAAACAGUCAGGCCAUGAUGGGGCUCGGCGGAGAUGAGGACAAGCUGGAGAACGGAGGAGGAGGGAGUGGGGGCUUCUUCGAGUCAUUUAAGCGGGUGAUCCGCAGCAGGAGCCAGUCUCUGGAUGCCAUGGGCUUCAAUAUCAGGAAGCACACAGUCUCCUCUAGUCACAGCGGCAGUUUUACCCACAACAACAACAACCAUCACCUGCACUCACCAGAGACCCCCAAAAUGCCCGGGAUAUCAUUGCUUGUCCCAGGGAAAAGUCCCAGUAAAUAUGGACGUCGCGGCAGUGCCAUAGGGAUAGGAACGAUAGAAGAGUCUCUGAUAAUUCCUGGAAAAAGCCCGACCAGGAAAAAGUCUGGCCCAUUCAGCUCUCGCAGGAGCAGUGCCAUAGGCAUUGAGAAUAUCCAAGAGGUGCAGGAAAAAAGGAUUGCAUCGCUCUUGUCAGAGGACAGAACGGUGCUGUGUGUGUCUCUGCCCAGCGUCAGUCUCAGGAAUGGCAGGCUCACCAUGGAUUCCUCCAACAGCAGGGAGUGCUCUCCCAGCACACAGAAAACCCCAGACAGCGGCCACGCUUCGCAGGACCCCAAGUCAGAAAACUCUUCUAAUCAGAGCUCACCUGAGGUCCUCGUUACUAAGAACAACUCAGCCAUGUGCUGCAGGGCUCCCUCCAUCCCUGAGGCUCAUGACUUGUCACGCUCCUCCUCAAAUGCUAGUAGCUUUGCCAGUGUGGUGGAGGAGAAUGAGACUGAGGCCACAGAGGACUAUGACACGGGCAUGGAAAGUUUGUCCUCAGCAGGGACGCCACACAAGCGGGACUCUUUCACCUACAGCACUUGGCUGGAGGACAAUAUGAGCAGUGUCAGCACCAGCAGCAGGGGGAACUCUCCUGCUACAGGCAGACCUCUGCAGCCAGAAUGUGGAAAGAGCCAUGAACAAAACCGUACAGAUAUCCGCAUCAAACUUGAGCGAUCACAUGAUCACAAAUCCACAUCGAACUGCUAGCCUCUCUCAUCUGGUCACUUCAUGGAUUUUGAUCAAUCAAUAGCAUUCCCAUAAGAAAACACCCCCCUCAAAGAGGCGAGCUUGGGUUUAGGACACGACUGCUGCUACUGCUGCUGAUGAUGAUGAUGAAGGUGACGAUAACUCCAGCCUGCCACCAGCAUGACGGAUGACAGGACCAUGAUCGUGUGACCAUGCCCUCUCAGGUGGUCCAGUGCAGUAUAGAGAGAGACAGAGACAGAGACAGCGAGAGGGGGGUACAGGCUGCAUGAAGAAAUCUAAUUUACAUUGCACCACUUUUCUUUUCAGUGUCACUUCUCUCAGUGUAGGAUCUUUUCUGUUCUGAUGUCUGAAAUGCUUUUAGUCCCUGCAGUAAAUCAGUGUGGGCUUUGUGCCCCUGUAGAAAAGAUUGCUACCUGUUUAUUGUCUUGGUGAAUGGCUUCGUUAAUGGAUUGUGCAGGGUCCUAAAGUUGCACCAUGUUGAAUUCCCUGGACUCCAAGUAAAGAAACAUUUCCACUGCGUUGAGCAGAAGCUUUUUCAGUUCUCCCACAAGGACCAAACAGACAGAGCUGACUGAAAUGUUUCUGAAGCUUUUGACAUGGGCAUGUUUCUUUUUGUCGUCUGGUCUUUGCUUGUGGUAAUUACUGUUGACAAUGUUUAAAUCGUUUGUGCUGCUUACAGCUCAAAUCAAAUGUGAUUUAUGUUUUGUUAAUGAUGUCACGUGAACAAUGAUACAGGAUAACAAGUCCUAGUACAGAGACGGAGGUUACUCAUGAAGGAAUGAACAUGAAAUGAAACCAUUCAUCUUCAACAAACCACAUUACCAACAGUAAAAAAACAAAACACAGACCUGAUAGAUGUCCAACUACAGCUAAUUAGGGAUAUGGAGUGAAUAUUCUUUAAAUAGAAAUCGCUAAUGAGACUUCACUUGCGAAUGCCUUACCUUAACCAUCAAACGGGUGAUUUAUGCCAUGUUUAUAUUGCACGAAAGUUGAAUUCAGUGAGUGCAUCCAGCUAAGACAGAGUGACUAAGUGUAGCAUAUGUUAUGAGCUUUGAUGUUGCAGUACGUAUUUUGCCUUGAACUCUUGAUUUCUUUUUAACAAGAUCACAGCUUGCUCCCAACAUGCCAGGGUGUUGGUUUCAGUCUAUGGUUAAAAAUGGUCCAUUAUUUUAGUCCCUGUUCUUUCUGAGCAAAACAAUUAUUUUAUUCUUUUUAAAAUUAUGUACAACAGACACAACAUAUUGUUGGUUCUUUUGUAGUGUCGUGUGUCAAUGCUCACUUGAGUAUGAAUUGUUAUCUUGGUUACUUUCCAUUCUGUGUUUGGACGUAUGUCCAGUAGAUCUGUGAAGAUUGUAAUUUAAAGAAGAUUUGGAGGUUGAACGUGUGCCUAAUUUCUUUAUCUCUAAACUCUCCUUGCCAGACCUCCUGCAGAAAUUGUCAUGAAUGAUGAAUACAUUUACUGUUGCAGCUUGAAAUAAGGUAUUGUAAAAUAUAUUUAUGUCAGGAUGAUAAAGCUCAGCCUCUGUAAUCUGCGUAAGCGUAAGGCUGGUCUCAGAUUUACAUUGUAAAUAGGGAUUUUUCCAUUCAGAAUAUUUUAAAAUGGUUUUGUAGCCAAGGACUCUGCUUAUUCUGAGUCCAGAGAACCGGCCCUAGCUUUUAAACCUCAGUAAUGCCAAAAUCAGUCGUCUUGUGCCCUUAUUGACACGAAGAUGAGUAGAUCACUGAAAAUAACCAGCACAAAGCGGUCCAGUGUAUGUGGUUUGGAGUUGCCUUACUGUGAGAAAUGUCAACGGUUAAUGAAGGUGUGAAUUAGUUGUAGGUACGAAUGUUAAUUUUUAGUCUGUGUUAGAAUCCAUGUGUUCAUUGGUGAAAAAUGAUGGCUUAAAUCAACUGCCUUUGCACUGUUUUUGGUUGUCUCCAUGGCCACUACACGGCCUAAAUAAUCCUUACUGUUCAUAGUUUAUGUUCUUAAAAUGAAGGUGCAAAUACACAGUUAACAGGUAAAUGACAGGACCUCAACUCUAUCUUGCUUCAUCAUGUAAGUCAGCUCCAUGUGAUACAAUGGAAUGGAGGACAACACAGGAUUUGCAUUUUCACUAUCCAUGCAAAUAGCAAACUCAGAUCAAAUUGAAUUAGAUUGCUGUUGUUGGCCCUGCUUAGCGCUUUUGUGCCCCUUUGUGGUGAGUUGUGGUCCUUUCACUCCUUCAAGCGUCCAUAUUGUAGUUUGAGUGCAAGUCAAAUUUGAUGCCAAAAAAAGGCACGAAAUGUGUGCUGCUUUAAACAGGGUAUGAAUCAAGCAUUGCUACAUGCUCCUUUCAAACGACUGUACAUGUGACCUGUCCAUGCUUUUGUGAGGUCAUUCUUGUAAAUACAGCUGUUUUGUACAUAGGCCUACUGUCCAGAAAAAGAUUAAAUAAAGAGACUUAGGUGUAAUGUU